UAAAACGAAAUAGACAAGUGUAUAUUUAAUAAAGUACCAUUUUAAUUCGAUUAAUUCAAUAAAUGAAAGUUCAAAGCGAUCUUUGUUCAUUUUGCGCAACUCGUUGGAGCCGCUGAAAAUUCAAUAAGCACGCAAAAUUCCAGAACACACACAGACACACACACUUGCAAAGAAAGGCGUACAGCAUCAUACGGAUAGGAACACGCAUACGCGCACGCACACAGUCCAAAAUGAGGCAACAUACAUCUGAGCGAUGAGGAAAUCGAGUCCACGUGCGCGUUAUAAAUAUUAAUGAAGAAACCAAAACGAAACGCAACGAGAAUUCAAUUGAGAGUAGCAGCAGCAAAUGAAAUUAUGCCAAACGCAAGAAUCGAACAGAACAACAACAAAAGGCACUUAAAAGAUAUAUAUUUUAGAUGAACUGAGUCAAAUGUGAAGCAGAUGCGUGCGAUUGUGGCAUAAAGUUAUUGCUUCCACUUUAAUUCCAAUUGUUGUUCGAUUUUCUGUUCUGUUCCGUUCUGUUCUCUGGAAGCGAACGAAUCAAAUUUGAUUGUGCUACAAUCCACAGCUUUAUAAGAAAACCAAAAACGAAAAACUCGAAGUGAAUCGAACUGAAGCGAAACGAACCCAGUAGCAUUCCAAGUCGUAGCAUUUUAAAAACUAGAAAGUCAUAUUAUAAAAGACAAGAUUCGUGCAAUCUUAUGCAUGAUAUAUACAAUUCCGCACAGCUCGGACUAAGUGCAACAGGAACAAGGCAAACGGCAACUAUUGAAGACGUCGUUUCUGUGUUGCAGUUACCACAAUUCUUGUGUACAAAAUGUCACUGGCUGACAUGGGCACAGUAACACGCUCCACGGGCGGUGGAGGCGGUGGCGGUGGGGCUCGCCACUACGAUCUGAACAAUACGGGCGGCGGGCCAGGUGGAGUUGCCGGCGGUCGCAUGACCCAUUCGCUGAGCACGCCCAGCGGCGUGGAUGGCACGCCCUCAACGCCCAGGCAUCGCGGCGGCAAGAAGUUGACAGUGCGCAUACAAAUGCUGGACGAUUCAAUUACCAUGUUUCAAGUUCAGGCCAAGGCCUUGGGUCGAGUGCUCUUCGAGCAGGUUUGUCGACAGCUUAACUUGCUGGAAGCGGACUAUUUUGGUCUGGAAUAUCAGGAAAUAUCCACACAUACCAAAUAUUGGCUGGAUCUGGAGAAGCCCAUGAAUCGUCAAGUGGGCCUAUCUCUCAUCGAUCCUGUGCUGCGAUUCUGCAUCAAGUUCUAUACCCCAGAUCCGGCACAACUUGAAGAAGAAUAUACCAGAUAUCUGUUUUGUUUGCAAAUCAAGCGAGAUUUGGCCACGGGCAGUCUGCAGUGCAAUGACAAUACGGCGGCCCUCAUGGCCAGCUAUAUAGUGCAGGCAUCGUGUGGCGACUAUGUGCCCGAGGACUAUCCAGAUCACACGUAUCUGUCAUCCUAUCGUUUUGUGCCGCACCAGGAUGCGACCAUGCAACGCAAGAUUAUGGAGAAUCACAAGAAGCAUUUCGGCCAAUCGCCUGCUGAGGCUGACCUAAAUUUGCUGGAGACAGCACGGCGCUGUGAACUUUAUGGCAUGAAAAUGCACCCCGCCAAGGAUGUGGAGGGUGUGCCGCUAAACCUAGCCGUAGCGCACAUGGGCAUUACCGUGUUUCAGAAUAUAACGCGUAUUAAUACCUUCUCAUGGGCUAAGAUACGCAAGAUAUCAUUCAAACGCAAACGUUUUCUGGUCAAGCUGCACCCCGAAGGCUACGGCUACUAUAAGGACACCGUCGAGUUUUUCUUCGAAGGUCGCAAUGAGUGCAAAAAUUUCUGGAAGAAGUGCGUCGAGAAUCAUGGAUUCUUUCGCUGCACGACCGUGCAGAGCACGCCCAGGCGUAAAACUCGGGUGCUCUCACGCGGCAGCUCUUUUCGCUACAGCGGCAAAACGCAGAAACAAAUUAUUGAAUUUGUGCGAGAGAAUUAUGUAAAGCGUCAGAACUUCCAAAGGUCUCAGUCGUUCCGGCAAGGGCCACUGAAUGCUAGUAGCCGAAGUCAGUCGCAUACGUAUGUGAAUUCCAGCAUUUCAGCCAAUCCCCUACUCCCAAUUGACACUGCGGCAUGGGAUUAUCGCAAUCAAUGCAGCGACUCGAUGACCCCUUCUCUGACGAAGAAGGCAGCGGAUACCUUGGAUCGCCGACGCGACAAUCCUACAGACCACAUGCGUUCUCAAGUCACAGCAGCCCAGGUGGAGAUCUAUCAGACGAAGAACUAUGCAGCGGAAUCGCCAACCUCAGCGGAGGAAGCGGCAUGCUCGGUGGAACGUCAACACCACUCGGCAGCGGGUAUGGACCAAAUGAAUUCGAACCGCUCGCUUUCACCACAGGGUCCGCAAUCGUGGACUUCACCCAGCCACAGCAGCAGCCAGGCACAGCGCGGUCCCGAUCUGGGUCGUGCGCAUCAAGGCGAUCACAAUUUAGGUCUGAGCCACUUGUCCCACUUGUACAGCAGCAGCACGCCUCGUCGAGUCUCACUGGCAUCCCAAGUGUAUGCCCCUGCCUCGCCGCAGCUCAUCAGCAUCAACACCAACACCAACACCAACACUCACAACAACACUAUCAACAGCAGCAACACGGUGGGUCAUUCGGUGGAUCUCAGCAGCUCCAUGGAAUUGGAGGAGCAGGAGGAGCUGCUGGGGCCUGCGGAUACGGAGGGGGAGGAGGAGGAGGAGGAGCCUAUGGGGGAGGAGGAGGAAUUAGUCGAGGAGGAAGCGGAUUCGGACUUGACGGCAUCUACCAUCAAUCGGGAGACUAUGGCGGCAGCCUCACCGGCCUCAGCCAUGGCCAUGGCCAAUGCCCGUCGUCAGCCGCUUCACUCACAGGAGUCCCAAUCUCAAACUGUCACCCCAGUCCAUUAUAGCAGUACCAGUUAUUCGAUGUCUAAGCAGUGCAUGCUUAACAACGCCAAUGCCAACUCUACUGAAACGGAAACCGACAACAUCAUCUACACUGACAUCAACGAUAUGGGCCAUUAUAAAUACCCAGACUUUCAUAACGCUCAAAUGGAACACAAAAUAUCCAACAGUGAGCAUCUCAAUCUAAAUGAUCGCAAUGAUAUUUAUGCCACCGUCAAUCGCAAAGCUAAGUCCAAGACACGCGAGAAGCAUUUCAGCGAUGAGUUUAUCGAUCAGUCUAUAUUGCAGUACACGCGAGCUAAGCAGAUGGGCAUACAGCCUGUGGCCAUACCUUUGCUACAGCAGCCCAGCACAUCGGCUUAUGCUGCUGCCCAAGAACGAAAUUAUAAUAGCUUGAACUAUCAAUAUCACAAUGAUCUUAAUCAUCCUUCAGAAUCGUCUUCAUCGUCGUACUUUGGCACCGGCUUUGGCACCAAGCGAAAUACUCAAAACGAACGAGCAAAACUAGCACAAUCCGAGAAUUAUUUAACACCCUCUAUGGACUCUCAGAAUUCCAGGCACACACAUUCUUUGCCUCGGAACUCCGAGCUAUCUGGCGUAGAUUCAGUGGAUUCAUACGAUAGUCAUUACAUAACACAUCAUCCACGACGCAACUCCGAGGAAAAACAAGAUUAUCAAAUGGCCACGGGUAGUAAUCUUUACUCGACUGCCCAAUUUGUUAAGCCCGAACAGGCAGCUGUUCAUUAUAUGGAUGACGAGGAGGAUCAAGAUGAUGAUCCGGAAGGAGAGAACAUUUACGAUCAAGUGGAGCGGGAAUCCUGGCUGAAGAGUAGCUCUUGCAAAGAUCUGUUCGAGCGCUAUAGCAGCACUUACUAUGCACGCGAACAGCCAAAACCCAUGACAGCUUUUGAUAAAGAGUUUCUUUCCUCUAAUCGCAUUGAUUCGCCUGUUACGCGUUAUGAUGAUUCUAGACACUCGUUGUACAUCACUAAGAACCACUCAAUAGAUGCGCAUCAGGAAUUUUCACCUCUGCCUCAGAGCAAGGUGUAUUCAUCCAGCUAUCCGGGAAGCACUUACAAUACUCAAGAGCACAAACGCAACUUUGGACAUCAGUUGGACUAUACUGGCUCACAGGACGAUAUAUCACAGGAUAGCUAUGAGCUUCUGGAGAAAUAUGACAUAGAUUUCUUUAGCGGACGUCGUCGUUCCGAGGAUCACAUGCGCUCAUGUUCGCUGGACUCUGGCAACUACAUACCCAGCGAUGAUGAAUCCGUUUCUGAGCAGCCCAAAUAUCGUUCUGCUAUUGAUGUUAAGUCCAAGUCGGCUGCUGAUAUAAUGAAUGAAAUUUGGGAUGCCGAAGAUCCACGUUACUUACCACGAGAGAAGCUCUCUGUCAAGUCUGAUGGCAAUUUCUAUAAGAAAAUACAGGAAGCCCUUACUCGUACCUCCAGUCAGGAGAGUCAAAGCGAAAUAUUUGAAACAAAAAUCUCUCGCAGCUCCGACUCGAGCAAGAAAUCUCAUGACAGUUUGUAUCAUACAGAUAGCAAAAAGUCCAGAGAAACCACCAAAAGCAAGACAUCGGUGGCUUCCAGUCAAGAUUCCAAGGAGUCGUUGGUGGGCGAUUGUUUCGGACGUAAUUACGAAAUGCCCACAACCACUUGCAAGAAGGUUAAACAGUUUAAUAAAAAAGAGCUCUACGAAAAGUUUGCACAGUCGAGUCAGGAGUCAAAGAGUGAUUAUUACGAUGCUGUAGAACCUGUUGCAGAGACAGAAGGUCUCUAUAUCCGACCUAAGGUUAAGAGUCACGAUUGCUUGCUCUCCGACACGCAUAGCUCUACAGCCAAUAGCUCAUUCUACGACAGCCGUGAUACAUAUUCCACAUUUCCAAGCAACAAGACUCACAAGACCUCGAAGGUACAUUCGAUUAGUUUGCAAAAUGUUGAAAUUGAGCGAAAUGCGAAAUCUUUUGGAAUCAAAUCGCCAGAAUCUGUGUCUACGCCUGCCUCUGGCAUGCGUUGCCAGGAAAAGGAUAUACAAACUAGCGACUCGAUCGAUCAAACGGCGCCCAUUAAAAAGGGCAACUCACAGUCGUGCAAAAUAUCCGCAUUCCGUCGGCGAUCUGAUAGCGAGAACAUCUUUAGUUUUGAUCAGGACCGUAUAGAGUGCAUGCAAAAGUACACCAAGCACUGGGAAGGUCAGCCCAAGGAUGAGAAGUCCAAACAAAGUCCGGAUUAUCCAUUGACGCCCGAGCUCAUCUCGGAGUUUGAGAAACAACAGGCACGAGUUGUGCAUCAGAAAAUUACACGUAAAGAGGAACUCAUGGCCAAAACACACUUUGAAGAAUAUAAUCCGAUAAUGGUCCCACUGAACUAUGCUCAUGCCACAGUGGAGCGCACUAAGAGCGAUCCCAACUCCUUGGCUAAUCGGGCUCGUCUGGGCAGCAAUUCGCGACGUCAUGUGCUUAUGCAUCAAAAAUCAAUUGACUUAACGCCAGCUGAUUCUAGUGAUGAGGAUUAUAUCUAUAAGCAAAUACCUAGCGCUCCACCUUUAUGUAAAGCGCAUGGAAACUUUGAGAUACCAAAAUGCUACGAUGGACCACCAGUUGCCCAAGUUGAUAUACCCAAGACAGGCUUUGAGCUGCCUAAGAGCUUCUUCCGGGAAUACGAGCGACGAUUUACAAAGGUUCUUAAGGAAGAUAUACCCUACGUUCUGCAUAAACGGCAUAUAAUGAAUGGCACUGCACCUUCUCCAAAUGACAAGAAACAUAAUAAGCCCAAGUCGCCCAAAUCACCGAAAUCUCCAAAGUCACCCAAGUCACCAAAGUCGCCGAAGUCACCCAAAGUGAACGCCAUACCAGUACCAGGUCCAGCUGACUUUCUACCAGAUAUACUAGAUAGUCUCUUGCCAGCAGAGACAAAAGAGUUUUUAUUCACUCAAAAUAUAGAUCUAUCUAAAGUGGAUCCUAUAACACUGGAAAUUGACAAGACCAUACCAAUCAUACAGCUGUCUUCGCCCAAGCGGGACAUAACCAAGCAAAUGGAUGCCUCGACUUUGGAGAAACUAAAUAAGAAACUGAGUCAAAUUGAAAGUGACUCAGCAACCAGUUCUAGGACCGAAAGCAUGCAACAACAGAAGCUGGAACAAAAGCAAAUGGAACUUAUUCAAAGUCUGCGUAAGGAACUACAGGCGAAUGCGCGCAAGGCCAACAAGCCGAGGGUAAUACCCAAAACAAAGCCAUCGGGCAAGUCCAAGAAGGGUAAGACUCGUAUUACUUCCUUCUCAUCAGAUGAUGAGAGUCUAGACUCGGACGAUGUCUUUGGUUCGGCUGAGGCCAUACCGGAUCGCCUGGAGUUCUCACCGCCACAGUCACGUAAAGAAAUUGAACCCAUUUUGCGAAUAGAACAGAGCCGACUUAUCUCUGCCGCCUGGGGUAGAGGUCAGACCAUGAGCUCCACAGAAAUUGAGGGCUCUCCACCUCAGUGUCGUCGUCUGGCCGAUCUGGAAAGUCGGUAUCAUACACAAAAACUUGAUCCACAGUAUGCCAAUGCUACAGAGCUUCGUCGCAUAUCGGAGCGUUCCAUAUCGAUACCAUCAUCGGAAGAUGAGCCUCAUUUGCCAAAUCGUCGCAUGGAUGAAUGUACCAACGAUUAUCAGCGUAAUGAGAAUAUACCAUCACCCAUCUUUGAGCAUGCGGAAUUCUUUCGUAGCACCGAUGACAUCUAUGAAACAUGCCAUGAGGAGAAAAUAAGCGGUUCAGAUAUCGACUAUACGCUGAAAAAACAAACUGCUAAGUCUAAAGUAAAAUUAAUUGAAGAAAUAAUUGAUUCGUCAAUAGUCAUGCGAUCCAAGGGAAAUGCGCCUAUACUAUUCGCUCAUGCUAGACUUAACCUAUCCGAGGGCUCGGUUUCGCUACAACGUCAACAUGCCACACAACAGUCGCCGACCACAGAGCGUCGUACCAAGAGCCUGGACACGCCAGUCAUUUCUUUGCAUCGACUGCCGCCCAUGAAUGCCUUUUCAUCCAAAGACGAUACCGUGGGCUUCGAGGAGGAAGGUGAGAUUUUAGAGGAAAAGUCGUUGGAGCGUGCACAUCAGGCAACACAAGAUGAUGAUACAGCAGAUAGCAUUCACUCCUGCGCCGGUUCUAUACCAACUCAGAGCAAUUAUAAUGCCAAUGGAAAAGACUCCCUACUUAGUGCUGUGGCGAUUGAUAGCGAGGAGGCGGAGCUACUUAACCAGCUUAAAUACAUAGAAAAGAUUGCCUUACAAGGCGUCAAGAUAAAAGAUAAACGAAAGUCGAAAAUGAAGCUGAAAAGUGGCGAUCAUUUAAUACUAAAUAUACCCAAAUAUAGAUUUACCGAUUGGUCACCGUACAGCUCAGCCAAUAGUUCACGUAAGACUUCGCCAGGUGUAUCAAGGGCCAGCAGCAUCGAGAGCACUGGAAAAGGGAAGCUAAAGACUUCAGAGCCCUACAAGGGCAAGCCCAUGUCACGUAGUCGGCCGGAAUCGCGACGCACCAGCGCGGAUGAUAUUAAGGCUGGCAAAGAUGGUCGAGGCAACAAAAAGUCCAGUCCCAAAGAGCGUCCGCGCUCCAUUGAAAUGCGUCGUUUGAGCAAGGACAAGAGUAAGUCGCAAGAGGAAACAGAAGCGGACAUCGCUAAGCGCAAAGAGAGACAGCAAAAACUAUACGAGUCCGCAAUGAAGCAGACUAUAACCAUGCUGAGUCCUGUUAAAGAUACACUGCCAGCUUUUCCAGCGCCUGAAGAUAAGAUACUGGUCAAAACUGAUGGCGAUAAGAUAAUCAUUGAAACGGAAUUCAAGUCUAAAGCAGAGGAUCAUGUCCUAAUUGCCAAAGCACCACGCAAGUUGGACACAUCGCUGGUCAAGUUUAGUCGCAGCUUUGAUGAGGGUCGCAGUCCGGAUAAACUGGACAAGGCAAAUCGCAGCUUCGAGGAUCGUAAUAAGUCCUUUGAGGACUCAGAGAAAUCGGAUGUGCCCGAAGACAUGAUGAUUAAAUCACCCAAGAAAAUAGCAAAGGCACAAGAAAUGAAACAGAAAAUCGAAGGUAGUGUUGUACAUAAGAAAUUCGAUGGAAAAUCGAGUAGCUUAGAAAAGCCUGCUGAGCAUCACUACCUAGCCACCGACGUAAAGGCACGCAGCUUAGAUGACAAGAAACAGGCAACGGCGGAGACAAAGAAAGCUGAAGACAAACCUACGGCUUCUGUGCGAAGUGCCAUUGGGGAUCGCCGUAUGUUUGCGCAUCAGUAUAAUGUUCACGAAGAUAUAGAUAUGCAGGCCGUUAUCUCUGAACGUCGUUCACUAGAAAUUCUGAAGCGUUCGCUGCCCUCAGAGGAUACACGUGAUAGCGAAUACACACAUAGUCGCAAGGCUUCCACAGCUGAUAGUUUGGAUUCGUUUGUCUCGGUGGAUGAAAGCCAUUCGCCAGUGCCGCCGCUGGAGGUUUACCCACAUAGAGUGCCCACCAUUGAGUGCGAGGAGCCCUCUAUUGAAGAGGAUGACAACUCAUCAGAACGUCGCCAUCUGAAAGUGGAUCGACAAGAUGUUAACCGUUUGAGCUUAGAUCGUAGUCGAAGUGAUGAAACAGGCUCUUGGAUAACCGUAGAAUGUGAUGAGUUUAUUGGUUCAGAUACCUCGGAUAAUGAGCAGCGUACUUUAGAAGCAGAUCGGAAUGCUUUAGAGACACAAGCUACAUUGGAAGAUGCCGUACCGUUGGAGUACUCCAAUUGUGCAACACCAACAUCUGAUUUAAAUAUAUUGGUUACUCCGCCUAAUGCCAGUCCAAUGAUUGAAAAGUCUGUGCUAGAGACUUUUGAAAAGUAUACGUCCGAAGGCAAGAAAAAAUACAGCCUGGACAAGCAAAGCGAUAAAUCGAAAAGUUCAGAUUCAUGGACAAGUGGCGAAAAGGACAGCAGUCCACAGCGUCAGCAGGACUGGAGCUUAUCCGUGAAGGAGAAGAGUUCUGUCGAGGAAGAGUCCAGUGUAAGCUGCUCCAUAGCACGUCCUCUGGGCAUAUCACAAGAUUUUGGCAAUGAGGAAGCUAAGAAAUGCAUGGAACUAAAACAGCGCAUGCUCAAAUUGGAUGUGGCUGCCAAUGAAGCUGAGAUCCCUCCCACAGGUUCCAAUGAACAGACGCCAACAAAUGAGCCAAAGAUAAUCGUAAAGAAGCCCACAACGCCCACACUUGAAAAACAAAGUCCAAUUGAUUUGGGCAACAGUACCGAAUGCUACCUUGAUCCCAUAGAGGAACGAAUUGCUAAAAUACUUCAAAGAACUGAGGACAGUGAAUCCAGCUCGGGCGGUUCCCGCAAACCGCCCCGAAUCGAAAAACCAGCUCGUGCAAAUGGGGGGAAAAAACUGUCGGUAACAAAAACAGAACCCGGUAAAUCUGGUAGCGAUCGCAGUUCACAAGAAUCGAAAUCCAGCUUCGAUUCGAAAGGAUCCUUGAGCGUCGAGUCUCGUGGGUCCUUUGAAACAGAGAGCAGCUCGGGAUCACUGGGUGCGGCACAGCGCCGUGGAGAGUUAGCACAGAAGGAACAGCAAAGCACUUGGAAAGCUUUUCCCAUCGAAAGUUCCAACAGCUCUAGUACCGAUGAUCCCUGGCAUCACGUGGAAACUGACGGUGGCUAUGAGCGCUACGAUGCGCAGAAUCCGUUGCGCGACUCCUCGGAUAGUGACGUCAAGGAAGUAUCCCCCGACGAGCAAAAGGAGAGCGAUACCAGCUAUCAGGAUGAUCUUAAUGAUUUUCCCACCACCUUUGGGUAUCCUGCUAUGACCAGCACAUUGGGUGGCAUUGGUGUUAAUCCCACAGAUAUCAUAGGCUAUAGUACCGGCUUUACGCUGGGCCGCACGCUCUCACGCAUUUCAGAGCGGAGCACAGCCUCUGAAAAGUCUAGCAUGGAGGAUGAUGUGAGCAAGGCUUCCACGCAUUCCGUCAGUAUUCGGGAUGAAUCUGUUGGCUCCACAGAUCAUCAGCCUAGUCUGAGCUCUGAUUCGCGUAGCAAUACUAAUUUAGCCUACAUAUCGGAUGCAGAUCGUCGCACUUCAGCAGAAAUGCCGGAGAUACCGUGCGAUUCGGCUACAGCGGAUCGCCUCAGUAGCAUUGGUAGCUUCAAUGAACCAAAGUCACCAACAUUAGUGACUGGUCGCUUCUCAGUAACACACGUAGAUGAACAGCAACCAGAUGACCUGGAGCGUCACACUCUUAUGUGCCUCUCGAAUGCAGGAAGCCAAGACUCGGAGGAUUGGCCUCUGCCAGAAAUACCGUUUGAUCAUGUGCCGGUCAAGCCAGCGGACAGUAUGUAUGCAAUGCCAGAUUUGGAUAAGCCCGUGCCCAAGUCCUUCUGCUGGAAGGCGAGCAUGGCAUUCCAGCAAUCUCAAGAUUCAGUGGACUGGCCAUCGCCGCCCUCCAGCACCAUUGAUGCGCCUAUUGUGGUAGAGAGCAUUGAAACGUACUAUGCCAGUGAGGUGCAGAGUGCUGACAAAGUUGUCUUAGAUGAGGAAACGAACGCUGCGAUUCCGCCCGAUGUGGCCAAGGUGUUGCCUUACGAGGACACUGCUUAUCUCAUGUCUGCCGCUUUCGAAGACAAGGAUUUCGGCAGCGAGGAUAUACAAUUGGAUACAGUUAGCUGCUUGAGUACUACACUGAGUGCUGCUUCCUGCUUGUCAUCGUCGUUUAAUGUGAGCUGCAGCACAUCCUCCACGCAGCCAACGGCUAGGGCAAAUGCUGAACUACGAAAGGGAUCUAGCCCAGAAGUAAUUGUAGCGCAACCAACACGAUCGCCAGCGCCGCGUAGCCCACUCUCCGAGGAUGAGCUGUUUUCCAACGAUGACGUCUUUAUGCCGGGCACCAUUAAGGUGCAGAUAUCACCAGAUGCACAACUGCGCAAGCUCUCGCGUGGCUCUAAUAAUUCGGACACAUCUAUAGAUGACAUUUUGUCGGGUAGCACCUACCUGGACGAUCAGACAACGGUACGUCGCAAUUAUGAGGCACGUUUGAGCAGCGGUGGUGGCAGCUGCAAAAAGUGCAGCCAUUCCAGUCAUUCAGAGGAGGAGACCAGUUCCAUUGGCACUGAUCUCGAUGGUACUGUGCGCAUGGGCUUGCAGCAGAAGAAAUGCACACACAGCUCCCAUUCGGAGGACACCUCAAUAGGUCUCAGCAUUUCCGAAUGGUCCACAGGCACCAAUACAGUGCGUCAAUAUGCAAAUCUCUCUGGAUCUGACAGCCUCUCAGCCGUCUCGACGCAUUCGUGUGCGAAGAGCGAGAAAUCGAAUCAGACUAAGUCCAGCAUGAGCUCGAUAAACAAAUCCGCCGAGAGCCUUAACGAGCAGAGCGGAAGUUAUUCACACAAGUUUAGUGGCGAUAAUGGGUCCUCGGAUGGAUUGCGUUAUGACAUGCUGUCCAACUCGGAAACCGAUAAGCUGAGCGAACCCACCUCGGCCACGCGCAGCGAUGACACAACUUUAACCUUGACUGAAAUGGCCCACACCAUCAGCGAGUGGUCAACUUCGAGUAGUCGCACACUAGUGGGCGUGGUGCCCGGCGAGUAUUUGCCUUUGAAGCAACCCAGAAUGGGCAGUAAACCAAGCUUGAGUUCGCCCAGCGAGGAGAAGCGUUGCUCACUUCCUCAGAUACAUAGACGAAGUGGCAGCAAUGGUAAUCAGGCGCGUAGCUCUCAGGAACAUGGCGAACAGCAGCCCAUUGGAUCAGCGGGUCCGGAAACAAGCGCCGCAGCACGCAAGCGACGCUCAUUAGAGAUGAUGUCUAAGCUGUACCAGAGCCAAGAAAUAUGCUCGGAGUCGGAGUCACCUUUUGUGGAGCGCUUGUAUCCGCACAGCGAGAAAUUGACGGAGCGCUAUCAAAGCCAGGAGUUUGUGCCGCUUCACACAUCGGCACCAACUAGCACCACUCAAAUUCAAACCCAACAAUCACAACAGACUCGCCAAAAACCACGCGCACCACAACCGCCCACAAAGCCUAAGCCGGCGGUGACACGCCCCAUAAUGCAGGCGCUACUCAACAAGAUGAAGCAACCGGGUCUAGCGGAACAGGCAGCGGCCGCCGCCGAAGCCGAGGAGGCAGCGGCAGCAGCGGUGACUGCUAAAAUUGAACCAAUGUCCGCCCCCAAACCGGCACCACCGCCGGUACCCACUGUGCCGCCAAUUGUAACGCCCAGCGAUUUGCCUGGUCAUGUGGGCGCUCCGCCCUCUAAGCCAUUGGCCAAGCAUCAUAGCUACGAUGACAAGACGCUGUCCAAGACGCAGAUACGUGAGUUUAAGACCACGUCCAAGCAAUUACGGCAGUCAAGCUCAUUCCACGAGCACAUGUUGAGUAAAUCGCAGCAAUCCUCGCAAGAGCUGCCCAUGCGUAUUGACGAGGAACGCGAUGCGCACUCCACUUCCUCGGCUACCAAUACGACAACCACAACUAACACCCUAAACAGCGAAAGUACAGCGCCAAACUCUCCACAGAUGCCGCAACGAGCUGAUAAAUUAAUCCGUUGCUCGCCGUACUAUUCCAGCAGCCUGAGCUCGGAGUCGCCACCGAAUCAGCUGAUCCAAAAGCCGCCGCGCAAAAGCUCGACUGGUCAGCUGGCAGCUGCUGCUACCGCCACAGCUGCGAGUGCCAUGAAAAGCCCGCCCAGCGGCAAUGAUACGGACAGCUCCCUGGAUGUGCGUGGGCAGGAUGUCAAACAGCAGCUGCGAAGUCGUGGCUAUCGCAAGAAACGUCAGUUGCCCGUGAAACGCAUGCGAGCCAAUCUAAAUGCUGCCGCUCUGCUGGAGCAGGCGGAGAGCAGCGAAUGCUCCGAAGGCUAUAUGCCUGAAAUGGAUUCGGGCAGCUCAGAAUAUUCGUAUCAGCGUGACGAACAGUAUAUCGAGUUUGAUGAAGAGCUGGAGCAUGAGCAAACAGAUGAGUACGAAGAUUAUCCGCAAUAUAGCGGCGGCGGCGCUGGCAAAUUUGAGAGUUUGGACAUGACCGACAAUGUAGAUGAGAUGGGAUUUCCACGCUAUGAUCGCCUGGGUCACAUAACCAAGCCCAUGUAUCAGCCAUUGGCCGAGAGACCGGCGCCAGCCAAUCAUCCCAUGCCGCCGAUCAGUGGGCAGCCCAUUAAGCCAGCACGCACCAAGAAACGGCAGCUCAAACGCGAAGAUUCCCUGGCACCUAGCACCUCGAAUGCUAGCCAACAGCAGCCGUAUCAUGGACGCAGCUACUGUAAUCCCGAGGAGAGCGAGUACGAAUCUCGUGAGGAUGUGGCCAACUCGAGUGAGGAUAGCGGCGCCGGCAUUGGUGCCAUGGGCACCAUAAGACGUGGCAACAGUCGCGCCCCGCCUCAAGUCGAGCCGCAACGACAACAGUUGCCCUAUCCGGACUUUCUCUCGGAUUACGAAACAGAGCCCAUAGAAUACGAGCGUUAUGCGUGCGGCCUGGAUAUACGAGUUGAUCCGCCGCCCAAGUUUCAUGACUCGGAUGAUCUGAGCGAUCAUUAAGGGGAAAUAGUAGAAGAAGAAGCAGCAAUAGCGGCAUUUUCCAUUUCUUCAGUUGCCUUUGAAAUUUUAGAACAAAUCUAUGACAAUUUUUACACAAGAUCCAAGUAUAACCAACUUAUUUAUAAUUGAGACUGAUUUACGACAACAAAAAAAAACGAAAGAAAAUACUACAAAAAUACCAAAACAUCGUACAAUCCAAGAAAAAAGUUGAAUGCUGCUAAGGAAACUACCGCAAAAGCAAAAGAAAACAUUAUAUUCAUGAUAUAAUCCAGAAAAGUUCGAAGAAAAUCAAACUAAUUAAAAAUUUUAAUCAAAUAUAUAAAUAU